AUGACAUCAGCAACACCCAUCAAUUCUUCUCCACCAACAGCAGAAUCUACAACUGAACCUACAAAAAAACCUAAUUUGCCCUUGAUUCUUGGUCUUGUACUUGGUCUCGGCUUGCCUAUCACUCUAGCCGUCAGUGGUGGCCUGGUGUAUUAUUUUAAAGUUGUUAAACCUAAACAAAAAGUAACUGUUCACGAUGCUGGUGAAAAUGAUAUAAGAAUGACAUCGAGACACAAUACGGAAACUGUAAACACAGAUGCUAGUUAA